AUGACAAACGAGCGCCAACAUCCAGACGCUUCGAGCGGUGAUACUAUAUUUGAUCAGACUCAAGAAAAACCUUUAACCAACUCAGGUGUAUCCGAUGAGCAGACGGAAGCCCCGGCAGUUGCUCGAUCUAACAAUGUGGAACCCAAUACUGAUACGGAGAACGUGACGGAAAAGACCGGUGAUGCUUUGGAUCGCACACCUUCACAAGCGGCCAAAAUGGGGAAGAAAAAGAUCAUAGUGGUCAUGACGGCUCUAUGUUUGGCUGUGUUUUUGGCCGCGCUGGAUAUGACUAUUAUUUCCACUGCCCUUCCCACUAUUGCCGCCCAGUUUGGUGCUUCUGAGAGUGGUUUCUCAUGGAUCGCCUCGUCGUAUCUUCUGGCAAACGCCGCUUGUAUUCCCCUGUGGGGAAAGAUCAGUGACAUCUGGGGGAGAAAGCUCAUCAUUGUGAUGGCUAAUGUUCUCUUCUUGGUUGGGAGUCUUAUCUGUGCCUUGGCGAAGAAUAUGGCCUCCAUUAUUGCAGGUCGGGCCGUUCAAGGCGUUGGCGGCGGUGGUAUUCUUAUCCUCGCAAACAUCAGUGUCUCCGAUCUUUUCAGUUUAAGAGACCGCCCAAUGUACUAUGGACUGUUUGGUGGAACUUGGGCCAUUGCAGGAGCUCUGGGUCCCAUUAUAGGUGGAGCAUUCACUACGAGUGUAACUUGGCGCUGGUGUUUCUGGCUUAACCUUCCAGUUGGAGGUGUUUCACUUGCCAUUCUCAUUCUCUUCCUUCAUAUUGAGUCGCCGAAGACCCCGUUGUGGGCUGGCGUGCGCAGUAUCGAUUGGGCGGGAACAUUCCUGAUCGUCGGUGGAACUCUGAUGUUUCUCUUCGGGCUAGAGUUCGGCGGUGUCAACUAUCCCUGGUCCUCGCCUACCGUGAUCUGCUUGAUUGUCUUUGGUGUCUUUACUUGGGCCGUGGCAAUGUUUGUGGAAUGGAAGAUUGCUAAGUUCCCCAUUAUCCCCCCUCGGCUGUUCAACGAGUGGUAUAACGUUCUCAUCCUGCUUGUUUGUUUCUGCCACGGCUUCACCUUCAUCGCUUCUAGCUACUAUCUUCCACUCUACUUCCAAACAGUCCUCCAGGCAUCCCCUAUCAUGAGUGGUGUAUAUGUCUUGCCUCUGGUUUUGUCACUUGCAGUCGCCUCUGCAGGGACGGGUAUCUUCAUGAAGAAGACUGGUCGCUAUCGCGAGCUGAUCAUUGGUGGAAUGCUCUUCUUGACCCUCGGAUAUGGUCUGUGUAUCGACCUCAAGCCCUACGCUUCAUGGCCCCGUAUCAUUAUCUUCCAGUUGAUUGCUGGAUUUGGUAUCGGCCCCAACUUCCAAGCCCCUUUGGUUGCCUUCCAGGCCAACAUCCGACCCGCCGACAUGGCUACAGCAACAGCCACUUUCGGCUUCGUUCGUCAGCUUGCCACUUCCACGUCCGUCGUUCUAGGAACGGUCAUUUACCAGAACAUCAUGAGUCAACAGUCAGCCAAGAUUAUCGCCGCUGUCGGCCCUGAGACCGCUUCAGUCGUUACCGGUUCCUUUGGUGGAUCUGCCAGUGUCCUAAACACCCUUAAUCUCUCCCAGCGCCAAGUCAUUCUGGGUGCCUACACGCAUGCUCUUACCCGCAUGUGGAUCUUCUACACUGCCAUGGCUGGUCUCGGUAUUAUUCUUGCCUGUUUCAUCCGCCGUCGUGAACUGACUCGCGAGCACACUGUCCGGACAACGGGUCUUGCUGAGCAAGAGCGUCUCCGUCAGGAGCUGAUUGAAUCUCAGAACAAUGCUAACUUGAAGUCCGAGGGUGAUGUUUAA